GCUCUCUGCCUUAUUGUCAUGGGAAAUUCGGGAUGAAAUAAUCAGACAGAAGCCUAUCAGUCAGUCAGGAUCAAGGGAUGCCAUUAAGGGAUGCCAUUAAAGGAUAAAUUUUGAGUUGAGAGGGAAGGUUCCUUAAGUAGUCGAUGAGAAAGAUUAGGCUGGGAAUCUGCUUAUGAACUAGAACUGUCAAACUUUACAAGCCAUGGAGAUAUUGGAGACAUUUGGUUUGGUGAAGACAGCAUGCAGCGUGUGGUGGACUGGAUCCAGGAAUCUGACGAUGUGAAGGAGAAUUCCUCCAUUCUUGAUAUUGGGUGUGGGAAUGGUGCUUUCCUGCUAUGUCUAGCCAGUGAAGGCUUUGAUAAUCUGUUUGGGAUUGAUUAUUGUGGUACUGCGAUAAAACUAGCAGAAGCCAUAGCAAAAAGCAAGAAAGUAGACAUCAAAUAUGAGACUGUAGAUUUGCUGGCAGAACACAAAAAAAGUGAAUUAACAGGAAGGAAGUAUGACGUCACCCAUGAUAAGGGUACAUAUGAUACCAUUUCCUUAAGCCCAGAAGAUGCUGAGACCAAGAGACAGCAGUACAUCAAGGAGGUUUACAAACUAACCAAAGACCAGGGUUUAUUCAUUAUCACCUCCUGCAACUGGACGGAAGAAGAGCUUAUUUCUCAUGUAUCAGAUUAUUUCAGUGUGGAUGAAGUGAUCCCAACACCUACAUUUUCAUUUGGUGGAAAGGUUGGAUCUGUUGUUACUUCCAUAGUUUUCAAGAAGGUUGUCAGUUAAAGUUCAUUCCAUUCAUGUUGGAGACACAUCAGUAAAGUCUGAUUUUUGUUUUAUAUGAGUGAUCAUGCAUUUAAGAGCAUUUAAGAGAAAACAGAUGAAGGUAUGUGGUUUCAUAUUAUCAUUGAGAAUAUAUAAGAUCCAGUAGAGCUCAAAUAUGAUUGAUGUUUUCCAUUCUAUGUUGUAGUAUUUCACACACACACACACACACACACACACACAAAUAUAUAUAUAUAUAUAAAUAUUAGCAUGGCUGUCAUGAAUAUGAGUAACAUUUUUGCAAUAUAUAUAUAUUAUAUACAAAAAAAAAAUAAAAGUUCUAAUGACCUCA